AUGGAUUCAUAUCUGAAAAACAUUCUUGUGAUGUCAUUUGGAUUCACAUUUCUUUUUACUGCUUAUGGAGGACUCCAAAAUCUUCAGAGCAGCCUCCACUCUGAAGAAGGCCUGGGAGUUGCCUCCCUGAGUAUGAUCUAUGGUACUCUCAUCCUGUCCUCCAUGUUUCUCCCAUCAGUCAUCAUUAAGAAAUUUGGAUGCAAAUGGACCAUAGUAGGCUCAAUGUGCUGCUACAUUACAUUCUCUUUGGGAAACUUCUAUGCCAGCUGGUUCACACUCAUCCCCACAUCAAUGAUCUUAGGGCUGGGAGCAGCCCCGCUCUGGUCAGCCAAGUGCACUUAUCUUACCAUGGCCGGCAAUUUAUACGCUCAGAAAGUGGGCAAAAUUGGAAAAUAUAUAGUUACCCAGUAUUUUGGAAUCUUCUUUUUGAUAUACCGAUCCUCUGGAGUCUGGGGGAAUCUAAUAGCAUCUCUGGUUUUUGGCCAGACUCCCAAUAAAGUAAAUCUCACAGAAACAGAUCUGGUGUGCUGUGGUGUAGGCAGUUGCAUGGUAAACACCACAAAUAGGACUGUGACAUCAAAAGGACCAUCUAAUACUUUGAUCUAUACUUUGAUGGGAAUCUACACAGCUAGUGAGAUUCUAGCUGUGUUGCUAGUGACUAUAUUUCUGGAUCAAAUCUCAACCAACCAAGCAGAGAGUGAAGAAAAGUCCAGGUCAUCUUUUAGAUCCACUUUUCUGGAAACAUUUCAACAUCUUAAAGAUAAACGCCAGUGUCUCUUGAUACCUUUGACUAUGUAUAGUGGACUUGAGCAAGGAUUCCUGGCCAGUGACUACAAUAAGUCCUAUGUGACCUGUGCUCUUGGGAUAAACUUCGUUGGAUAUGUGAUGAUCUGCUUUUCAGCUACAAACUCACUCGCCUCCUUGCUGUUUGGCAAGAUUUACCAGUUCACCGGUAGAAAGGUUCUCUUUACAUUGGGUGCCAUUCUCCAUCUCAGCUGCAUAAUAGUGCUAUUGCUCUGGAAACCUUACUCAAACCAACUUGCCCUAUUUUUUAUAAUACCUGCCAUCUGGGGUGUAGCAGAUGCUAUCUUGCAAACACUAACCAACGCUCUCUAUGGAAUUUUAUUUGAGAAGCACAAAGAGGCAGCCUUUGCAAAUUACCGCCUGUGGGAGUCAUUGGGCUUUGUCAUAGCCUUUGGAUACAGCACCUUCUUAAGCGUCUCCAUCAAACUGUACAUUCUCGUAACUGUUCUGAUUGUGGCGAUGGUCUUAUACGGAGCAGUCGAAUACCUGGAAUCCAAAGUGUCUUCUGGAACACCUCACACUGCUAACCAGGAGCCAAUCACAUCACAGCAAAAUGCUCAAUCAACAAAUCUCUAA